CCCGGGAAGGCGCGCUGCGCGGGGGUCGAGCUCAGUUGCUUUCAGCACCGCGCUCCAUGGAGGGGCGGACACUCCCGUGCUUAAUGCUGUGUAACUAGUGCAGGACCACGGCUUAUUUCAACGCAGCGGAAAUGAAGUAUAAGAAUCUUAUGGCAAGGGCCUUAUAUGACAAUGUUCCAGAAUGUGCCGAGGAGCUGGCCUUUCGCAAGGGAGACAUCCUGACUGUCAUAGAGCAGAAUACUGGGGGGCUAGAAGGAUGGUGGCUGUGCUCCCUACACGGUCGGCAAGGCAUUGUCCCUGGCAACAGGGUGAAGCUUCUGAUUGGUCCCAUGCAGGAGACCCCAUCCAGUCACGAUCAGCCUACUUCUGUACCCAUGCACCAGACCUUUGGCCAACAGAAGCUCUACCAAGCUCCAAACUCACAGGCAGUAUCUCGUGACACCAUCUACCAAGUGCCACCUUCCUACCAGAAUCAGGGGAUUUACCAAGUACCCACUGGCCAUGCCGCCCAAGAACAAGAUGUAUAUCAAGUGCCACCAUCACAGAGAAGCACUGGGUGCACCAGUGGUUCCCAUUUAAGUAAAAAGGUGGUCACCCCUGUGAGGACAGGCCAUGGCUAUGUGUACGAGUACCCAUCCAGAUACCAAAAGGAUGUCUACGAUAUCCCUCCUUCCCACACCACUCAAGGGGUAUACGACAUCCCUCCCUCAUCUGUGAAAGGCCCUGUGUUUUCAGCUCCAGUGAGAGAGGUAAAACCUCAAGGAGUGUACGAUAUCCCUCCUACUAAAGGGGUCUAUGCCAUCCCACCUUCUGCUUGCCGAGAUGAAGCAGGGCUUAGGGAAAAGGAAUAUGAUUUCCCUCCUCCCAUGAAACAAGUCGGAAGGGCCGACAUCAGACCGGAGGGGGUUUAUGACAUCCCCCCCAGCAGUGCCAAGCUGGGGGGCAAGGACCUGCACACGAAGUACAGCUGUGAUGGGCUGGGUGCGGCUGAACCAGUGGCACGAAGGCACCAGAGCCUUUCCCUGCACCACCCUUACCCACCACCGGCACAACCAGGGGGCCCGCAGAACGAUGCCUACGAUGUUCCCCGAGGAGUUCAGUUUCUGGAGCCAGCAGCAGAAGCCAGUGAGAAAGCAAACCCUGAAGAGAGGGAUGGCAUUUACGAUGUCCCUCUGCACAACGCCCCAGACACAAAAGGCCCUCGGGACGUGGUUGAUGGCAUCAACCGGCUGUCUUUCUCCAGUACAGGGAGCACCAGGAGUAACAUGUCCACGUCAUCCACCUCCUCCAAGGAGUCCUCAUUGUCAGCCUCCCCAGCCCAGGACAAAAGGCUCUUCCUGGAUCCAGAUUCUGCCAUCGAGAGACUCCAGAGGCUCCAGCAGGCCCUGGAGAUGGGCGUGUGCAGCCUGAUGGCACUGGUGACCACGGACUGGCGGUCCUACGGCUACAUGGAAAGGCACAUCAACGAGAUCCGCGCGGCCGUGGACAGGGUAGAGCUGCUACUGCGGGAGUACCUCCACUUCGCCAAGGGAGCUGUAGCCAAUGCCUCCUGCCUCCCAGAACUUGUGCUGCACAACAAAAUGAAGAGGGAGCUCCAAAGAGUGGAAGACUCCCACCAGAUCCUGAGCCAAACCAGCCAUGACUUAAAUGAAUGCAGCUGGUCUCUGAAUAUCCUGGCCAUCAACAAACCCCAGAACAAAUGUGACGAUCUGGACCGGUUUGUGAUGGUGGCCAAGACGGUACCUGACGACGCCAAGCAGCUGACCACCACCAUCAACACCAAUGCAGAGACCCUCUUCACACUGGGCCCCGGCAGUCUGCAUCUGAAGAACGGGCCCGAGAGCAUCAUGAACUCCACCGAGUACCCACAUGCUGGCUCCCAGACGCAGCUGCUGCAUCCUGGUGACUGCAAGGCUCAGGCCCACAGUAAGCCAAUGCCCCCCACCCUGGUCAAGGAGCAGCCACCUGACUGUAGCAGCAGCGAUGGCUCUGAGAGGAGCUGGAUGGAUGACUAUGAUUAUGUCCAUCUCCAGGGUAAAGAGGAGUUUGAGAGGCAACAGAAGGAGCUGUUGGAAAAAGAGAAUAUCAUCAAACAGAGCAAGAUGCAGCUGGAACAUCACCAGCUGAGUCAGUUCCAGCUGUUAGAACAAGAAAUUACAAAGCCUGUGGAGAAUGAUAUCUCCAAGUGGAAGCCCUCUCAGAACCUCCCAGCCACAAACAGCAGCGUGGGUGCCCAGGACAGGCAGUUGCUCUGCUUCUACUAUGACCAAUGUGAGACCCAUUUCAUAUCCCUCCUCAAUGCCAUCGACGCACUCUUCAGCUGUGUCAGCUCAGCCCAGCCUCCUCGGAUCUUUGUGGCCCACAGCAAGUUCGUCAUCCUCAGCGCACACAAACUGGUAUUCAUCGGAGACACACUGACAAGGCAGGUGGCUGCACAAGACAUUCGAAACAAAGUCAUGAACUCCAGCAACCAGCUCUGUGAACAGCUCAAGACUAUAGUUAUGGCAACCAAGAUGGCCGCCCUGCAUUACCCCAGCACCACCGCCCUGCAGGAGAUGGUCCACCAGGUGACAGACCUGUCCAGGCAUGCUCAGCUCUUCAAGCGCUCUUUGUUAGAGAUGGCAACGUUCUGAAUAGACGAGGCGGAAAAGGGGACAGCAUGAAUGGUUUCUUAGGAAAACUGGAAAAACGAUCUGGUUUUUGUAAAUAUUAUCUAUUUUUGUAGAUAUUUUAUAUGAAAGUGAAAUAUUUUAACAUUUUAUGAGGUAGACAACUUUCAGAAAUUCAGGGAGCUAGAGAGGGGAAUCUUUUUCUUUUUCCCUGUGUGGUUCUUAAGUAUACAUAUAAGUAUCUAAGACAUAAGCUGUACAGAAACUUCUCCAUGUGUGUGAAUGACUGUGUAUUCAUGGGAUUUUGUAAAUGUUUGUCUGAUACAUUCCAUUUAAGAAACAUGAAUUAAGAAGCACCUUAGUUAAGCACCCCCUAAUGCUGCAUUUUGGAGUUUUUAAAAAAAUUGUUACUGUUUAGGAAAUGUUCCAACUGGCUGUAAUAUUGCUCUAGCUGUAGUAGUGAAUACUGAGCACAGCACACACAAGUCUGGGAAAUACAGUAUAUUUACAAGUGUUCACCUCCCACACAGUGCAGCACUGUACCUUAUUCUUUUUAAACCUUUUUCAAAAUUGCUGCCUAGAACACAUCAUGGCAAACCUCCCACUUCUGGUUGAAAAGCUCUCUUGGAGGGCAAAUUUCAGAGAAUACGUUAACUGAGGCCCAAAUAGUUGAGGUGCAGCCAACAGGAGACACAUAUAUAUGUACUGUAUCGAGAGACCAUGUCUACAGUUGGGAUUGGCUAUUUCAACACAGAGAGGUAGACCCAGUAAAGGGUAAUAAUUGUUUCCCUAGGGCUGUGUAAUCUUACGCAUUUGUGAGUGGUUCAGCCAUCACGUUUUCCAAAAGAUAUUUUCAGAGUUGUGAAAAUAAAAACUAUUUGGAGUGGGAAUUCACAAUGACACAUCAGAGUGUGAUUUCCACAAAAAACAAGGAAUGGUUCUGUCUGCCAGUGGUAAGUAGAGGCCUUUCUGACUCUUCACUUUCAUUUAAUGUACUUCUGUCCCAUUACCUGAGGAAAGCUGGCCAGGUCCUUGGUCACUGACCUUCAGAGCCACCUGGCUGUAUCCUGGUCACUUGGCUUCAUCUUACACCCUCCUCAAAACCCAUAUAUGGACACUUGAUUCUCAGGGCGGCUGUGGAGGGUCCUUCUGAUCUUCACAACUCCAUGUGGCUAGUGUCCUUGUGGUUCAGACCCGCCGCCACCUCACAGCUAGUCCCAGCAUUUGUCCAGUCUCAGCUGCUGGGUGUAGACACUCAGCACAGCCAUCAGAUUCAUCAUGAGCAGAUGAAAUCCCUUCCCACCUAGUGGGUAAAUGUGUUCAGGUAUUUCCAAGAAGCCACAUUUUCUAUAGCCUUUCAGACCACAGCAUUCUAGGCUUUUUGGAAACGUGUUUUUAUUUGCAGUAUAUUUCUUGGCCAAAUUACUGAUUUUAAACAACCAAAUCAUUGGACCAGGAAAGGAUGUAAGAAAAAUGCAUGUCCUCUGGGUGAUUUUAAGAAAUAGGUGGCAAUUAUAGAAGGUGCUUUUCAAAUCAACUGCUAUUAUCAUUCUCAAGGUUCUACACUACUACAAGAAGAUUCAAAAGUAUAUUGUUAUAUGACAAAUAGAUGUCUGUGUGGAGGAAAGGAGUUGCUGAACACCAAUAACACUUGAAGAUGUUAAAAGUCUGCCCUUGUAGGUUUCAUUGUAUAAUGUAUAUUUCUUAGGAGAUAACAGACUUAUUCUAAGCUAUGUGGUGAUAUUUCACAUCUUCAAAGGCAGAAUGUUCAAUUUCUAUUAUGUUAUUUGCCAUCUUGUAUGUAGAGGCUAUUUUUAAGUCA